AUGGAUUCACUAAUAACUUCAGCUACCAAUCCCAAUGUUACUCAAUCAAAUGCUGAAAAAUAUGCGGAAGGAAUGCGACAUGCCAAUGAUGCAUUACAAGACAUGAUGGAUCUGGUCAAUACGCCUGAUUUCGAGAAUCGUGAAGGAUGGAAACAGAAAAGUGCUAAUAAAAAUGAUAUUGUCUUCUCAAAACAUUAUGAAAUAGGAAAAGUUUUCACUAUGAGGACUAUCUUCGAUUUUCCACUACAGCCAUCAUUCGCAGAACAUUGGGAAAAUUUUGCCGACAUUGCGAAAUAUAAUAAAAAUAUUUCAAGUGUUAAAAUUAUUGCUGAAUUGGCAUCUAAUAUGGAUGUCGUUUAUUAUGCAAUGAAAGAUUUUGCAAAGAUCAAAGGACGAGAGUUUCUGAUGUGUCGUACAUUUCGUAGCUCUGGUAAUGAAAUACUUGAAGCAGCACGAAGUUUCGAUUUUUCGGGUGCUGAGUGUAAUCCUCAAAAAAUUCGAGGGCAUGUAAUACUUGCCGGUGGACGUUUUCGUGUUUGUCCUGAAGAUUCAGCAAAAACUGUUGUGGAUUACGUGAUGUGCGUGGAUUUUAAAGAAAAAAAUAUUCCGAAAAUCAUUAUGGAUGCUACAAUGAGUACACUUAUCAUGCAAGAUGCUGAAUAUACAAGAAAACAAAUUGAAAAAUUGAAACAGGAAGCAGUAUAA